AUCCAGACGCAGAAGCCAGCACGAGGGCAUCUCGAGUUGCAGGCCAAGGUCGAUGGAAAUCUACCCAAUCGGUGAAGCUAGUGCUCAACAGCGAGGGCCAGGUCAUUGGCUCCAAGCAAAACUUUAGCUAUAUGGAACGAACCCCCUUGGGCAAGGAGGAAAAGAGCAUCUGGUUGAUGGAAGAGUACUCCAUCCAGAACCUUAGAAGAAGAUGUGGUGAUGCAGCUAUGACGAUGGACCGAAACAAGCUGGAUGACUGGGUUGUUUGCAAGAUUUAUCUGAGGCCGAGUGCUCGCAAAGAAUUGUGUGGUACAGAACUUCCUACAAUGGAAAGCAGAGAGCUGGAGGUGCAAGAAAUAUGGUAUCAACCUUUUGUAUUACCAAUUCAGCAGAUCACUGAAGGAUUUGACCAAGAGGUGGAGUUUUGUUCUUAUAAGUCGCACGAUAGCUCACUACAGUAUCCAUCUCCUGAUGAACUACAAGAGAAUUUUGAAUCACUGCCAGCUGAAAAGAUCCUCCAACAAUUCGCUGAUGCACCUGAUACAAACUUGGAUAUUCUGCAAUUGCCGACUCUUGAUGAGCUGGAAAAGAUUUUUGAACCACCACUGGCUGAUGAGAUUCUCCAAUAAUUCGCUGAUGCACCCAAUGAAGGCGUCGGUGUUGAGCAACAUGGCAUGAUGAGCUUUUCUCCUUAAUUGCCUGAAUAGAAGCUACAGGAAGCACACCUUGUUCUACAUAGGUUGUGAUUUUUUAUAUCAUGAAAUAUAUUUAUGACCAUUUUGUAGAUGAAAACAUUGCCUAUUUACGUUGAGUUUGUAAUCAUUUUUUCCAAGUUUUACACAGCAAGAAAUAAACAAAUUAUGCACUUCACAACAAAUAUUCAGCGGUGCAUUGAUGUGAUUUUCUAUGGUCCUUUUGAUUGUUCACUUGUAAAUUGAUUCAAUAAAUUACAG